CACAAAUCCUAGUCUAUGGACUUUGCGUUAUCUUCAAAUCUGAUUUCCAAAUAAUUUUUUUUCAAAUAAAGGGGUAAUUUAUUGUUGGUGGAAUCAGCGACGAAAUGGAGAGGUUGAUCUACUCCAAUUCCGUUCCUCUCAAACGCCGCCUCAAUUCGCCGUUUCUUCCACAACUCGCUCAAGCGGAUUCGCCCCAACGACUCCGACCAUCAUCAUUGUCUCCUUCAUCUUCGUUUCCGCGCCGAUUGAAGUCAGUUUCCUGCAGUCUCAAUGUCAACACCUCAGGUUUUCUUUCCCGCAAAGGUGCGGAUAAUUCGCCUGAGAUUAAUUUGGAGCCUCUCGUGGAGUCUGCGCCGGAGCCGGGUUUUCUCAAAUGGCUUGCUCAGAAACUGUGUCGCCAGCAAAAGGUGGUUAAUACUGGGAAGGUAAUACUUCUAUCAGCAUUCAUUUUAUCAUUUCUCCAUCCAGCUACUGUAUCUCCAGCCAUUGCAAGUCUCCAAACUGCAGCCCAUUCAGGAGCUCCAGCAGCAGUUGCAGUUGGUAACACUCUCAUUCGCAGUGAGUUGCUAAGCAGUGCGUGGACAGGCUUUUUCGCUGGCUGUCUGCACACACUAUCUGGACCAGAUCACCUCGCUGCAUUAGCUCCACUCUCAAUUGGCCGCUCCAAAAUGGAAAGUGCUGCUGUUGGAGCUCUAUGGGGAUGUGGGCAUGAUGCUGGCCAGGUACUGUUUGGCUUGCUGUUUUUAAUUUUGAAGGACCGGCUUCAUAUUGAGGUCAUCAGAACAUGGGGAACAAGAGUUGUGGGGUUAACUCUUCUUGUCAUUGGUGGAAUGGGUAUCCGGGAAGCUUCAGAAGUCCCUGUACCUUGCGUUGCCCUAGAAAAUGGCGAAUGUGAUGUUAGUGAGUACGAAGCCCUUGUGAGCCAACCAGUUGGAAAGAAGAAGAUCGGAUUUGCUACAUUUGCCACGGGAAUUGUCCACGGGCUUCAGCCUGAUGCACUGAUGAUGAUCUUGCCUGCACUUGCUUUGCCUUCCCGACUAGCUGGUGCUGCGUUUUUGUUGAUGUUUCUAGUUGGAACAGUCAUUGCAAUGGGAAGUUAUACUGUCUUUAUAGGCUCGUGUAGCGAGGCACUAAAGGAGAGAGUUCCCCGGAUAACAGAGAAGCUCACUUGGGCGUCUUCCCUCAUAGCAAUUGCGAUGGGGCUUUCUCUUCUAGUUAGCCAAUAUUUCGGAUUUAGUCUCUAUUGAUUUUCAUUCUGAGCCUGAACUAUGGUAUGUUUAGAUGAGAUGUAGCUGAGGAUUUGAAGGUGAUUGAUUUAGUAAAUUGAGAGCUAAAGCUCAUUUUUAAAUGUAUGAGAUGUGCUAUGAUAAUGUUCAUUUAUAUACUAUACUUGAUGUGUGUGCAUUGUAAUA